UGAUGCUGAUACUGAAACAGAGUCCAGAGAUUUUAAUAAUUCAAAAUUAGGAUGUCUGCAAACAGGUGUUUGGAAAUUUUUUGAAAGAGCAUAUCUUGCUAAUAGUUGUAAAAAAGUUUCUGAAGAGUGGCAGUGUCAUUUUAAUAAUAUUAUAGUUAAUAAUUUAAAAGAUAUUCCAACUGAUGAACCUAUAUCAAAUGCUAGUUCAUCUUUAGUUAAACAAAAAAAAAUAGCCAAACAACCUGG